UCUCCGUGAAGUGAUAAUGAUUGAAUUUCCAUGGCCCCAUCCACACUAGAGAACCUGGAUUCUCAAGUACGUUCAAGAAACCAGAAAACCAGGAAAACAUUCCCCAUCGUUAAAAAUCAAGUUGUACAAUUGAGCUCAUCCUAUUCUGUCCAAGAAAUUGAGAAAAGCAUGUAUCUCGCUUUCCAUUGAGCUCUCUUGCUCUCUGUCCGAGGCAGAGAAGGUUAGGAGCAGCAUUAUUUUUCCCUCUUCAAAUUUUGAACACCUUCGUGGAGCUAGGGUUUCUCUCAUACCUUAAGGGUGGAUCAUCCCUAGUGUUUAUUUCUCAAUAUGUCUGGUGAAGAGGAAGAAAAUGCUGCAGAGCUCAAAAUUGGAGAUGAAUUUUUGAAGGCCAAGUGUUUAAUGAACUGUGAAGUGGCACUUAUCCUUGAUCGGAAAUAUGAGCAGCUCCAGCAGAUGUCUGAUGAUCCUAUGAAUCAAAUUUCUCAAGUAUUUGAGAAGUCAUUGCAGUAUGUGAAGCGCUUUAGCCGCUACAAAAAUCCUGAUGCUGUUAGGCAGGUUCGAGAAAUCCUUAGCAGAUACCAGUUGGCUGAGUUUGAGCUUUGUGUACUUGGAAACCUUUGCCCUGAAACUGUGGAGGAAGCUAUAGCCAUGGUGCCAUCUAUUAAGGUGAUUCCAUCCACUUGAUCAUCUUUUUCUGAGUGCAUAUAGUUCUGCAGCAUUUAUUUCUGGUGUUUUAGCAAACCACAUUUGACAAUUUGCAUCAUAUGUGUGAGUACAUGGUUGUGGAAAAGAACAUUUACUUGCAUGCAUUGGUAACGUUAGAUAAAAGUCAAUCCUUCAACUAUUCCAUUCAGUUCAUAGAUUCUUCAUCCUGAACCUGAUUCCAUCAAUUAUACCAAAUGUCAUAUCCAAUUUCUGGCCGCAUGCUGGAGACAGCAACAACAACAGCUCAGCCACAUGCUGUAAAAAGAAAUAAAAGUAUAGUAAAAAAGAACAUCUCACCAUGGCUACAUGGCUACAUGGGUCCGUGAGCGGGUAAAAUAAAAGUAAUAGUAAAAAGAAAGAAACAGAGCAAUACCUCAGAACUGAUCACCAUGGCCACAUGCUAGAGAAAUCCUUCUUUAUACUUAUGUCCUCCUCCUGGUGUAAACAGCGGGACACCAUAUCUUGACCCACCUUUCAUUCCUAACAAGUCAUCAUUACCAUUCAAAGCCUUAGAUUCCAUGGUAUAGGGUAGAACGAAGCGCCUAUAGUAGCAGGCUGAAAUAGUAAUGAGAAAGUAAAAGAAAAAUGAAGGGAAGAAAAAAACAACUAGAUGAGCUGCAGCCUACCCAAGACUUAUGUACCAAUUAUCCUGGACUCAAGCAAAGCCUUAGAUUCCAUGGUAUAGGGUAGAACGAAGCGCCUAUAGUAGCAGGCUGAAAUAGUAAUGAGAAAGUAAAAGAAAAAUGAAGGGAAGAAAAAAACAACUAGAUGAGCUGCAGCCUACCCAAGACUUAUGUACCAAUUAUCCUGGACUCAAGCAAAGCCUUAGAUUCCAUGGUAUAGGGUAGAACGAAGCGCCUAUAGUAGCAGGCUGAAAUAGUAAUGAGAAAGUAAAAGAAAAA